CUAUGUCAAUCUCAAGACGACCUUGAUAUUCAAUGGGCUGUGAAAGUCUACUUAUUUAUAAACUUAUAGAAAGGUACCUGUAAAUAGGCAGGUGGUACCUAGGUGGUAAGUAGGUACAAACAAUAAAAACAAAACACUCUGUUGUUAAUUGCAGGUACCUUGAAAAUUAAAAUAAACACGGAGAUCCCAACGAUGCUUUUAAGUAUUGAGCUCGGAAACUUAGGUCUAGUGGUCGCAUUGGGUUCGAUGCUCGGGACAUGCGUGCCGAAAUCAGUUUGUAGUUUUUUAAUAAGACAAGCUGACAUCUCGUAGUUGGCCGUGAUACAUCAUUACAACGUCAUGUCUAAAAUCCGUCAAUCAUCCGUCUAAAAUCCUACUCAUCUGCAGCCCAUAAAUCACACAAAAAUGCUAGAAAGUACAAGGUAAAAAAUAAACAACAAUGAAUGAAUUAAUAAAACUUCCAUCAUUACGUUUGAUUCCAUUUCUUCCCUAUCGAUCGUGGCGUUAUACUUAAUUAAAUUAACCGUAGCCGCCUCCGUUACGUUAACAGAAACUUAGUAGUGAAAUGAUUGACUGUCAUUGACCUGACCAUCUGCCACGCCCGCCGGCGACGGAGUUCGUUUAAUGUACUGAUUCACAGUUUCCUUUGCAAGGCCGGCGCGCGACCUUGCUAUUUGGUCAGCAAACAGUUUAGCGUAGUGGGGCUUGGACACCGCAAGCAUUUCGUAAUCCCACACAGAUCAACGACAUACACAUACCUACUUAUUACUUCAUACAAUUUUUACUAAAUCCGAGUUCAUCUGCUUUCCUACGCGUACAAGUUAUAAUUCUUCAGCAAAUUGCAUUUUUAUCUUCUUAAUUGAAUACGUAUUUUUAUGGUUGCGUGUGAACGCACAGACAGUAACUAUUAACGUGUAGUAGGUACUCCGCUUUAGUCUCGGAGGGCCUGCGGAGUGAACUGUGUGCUCGUGCCUUAUCGUCAGCUUCACGAAUAACAUAAACAAAGCGGUAUCAUGGAUUACCUAAGUGGUUGGUGCAAAAGCCAGAAACGCUUGGAUGGGUGCACAGUCAUCGUGACGGGCAGUAACACAGGCAUCGGCAAAGAAACCGCCUUCGAUAUGUACCUGAGAGGCGCUCGCGUGAUAAUGGCUUGCCGCAACAUGGAGAAGGCUGCGGCGGCGCGGGCGGAGCUACAGACGCGCGGAGGGACGCAGGCGGGCGCGGGCGAGCUGCUGCCGGAGCAGCUGGACCUGUGCAGCGCGCGCAGCGUGCGGCAGUUCGCGCGCCGCGUGACGUCACGCGGGGAGCGCGCGCGCCUGCUCGUGUGCAACGCCGGCGUCAUGAUGUGUCCGCAGAGCCGCAGCGAGGACGGCUUCGAGACGCACAUCGCCGCCAACCACCUCGGACACGCGCUGCUUUCGCUGCUGCUGUUGCCCACACUCAUACAGAAUGCUCCCUCAAGGAUUGUAUUCGUUUCAUCAUACGUUCAUGCGAAACACGAUCUCGACUUGGAUGACCUGAAUUUCGAACGGAAGCCAUACAACCCGUUCCAAGCUUACUGCAGAAGCAAGGCUGCCAACAUAAUGUUCGCCAGAGCGCUUGCCGAUAAACUAAAGGAACACAACAUAGCAGGAGUUACGACAUACAGCCUGCACCCCGGCGUGAUCCGCACGGAGAUCAGCCGGCACUUCGACGAGGCUAUUGUCUCUGGCACGACGUGGAUGUUUAACAACGUCCUGGGUCCAGUGUUCCUCAAGUCUCCGCAGUGUGGCGCGCAAACUACCGUCUACUGCGCUGUAGAUGAUGCCUGUGCCAAUGAGAGCGGCCUGUAUUACAGUGAGUGUGCGGUGACCAAGCCGUCUAAACAAUGUCAGGACGUAGAUCAAGCUGCCAGACUGUGGGACAUCACAGUAAAAGCCUUGAAACUUAACUUAGAUAAGUAUAAUCCUUUUGGCGACCAGCAUCCUACUGAUGAAGCAUUUAUUUAAGCGUAGUAAAUAUAUUAAAAUUCA